AUGCUGCUACAUGUGCGCUGGCACGGCUUUGUGCUCGUGGUGGUUCGAGCCGGUCUGGUGCAAAUCUUGUCCAUUGACCCGCAAAACACCAAUUCAUGUCCUGCAGAUUGGCAACUCACAACUGAAGGCUCCGGGAACCAGGUUUGCGUCCGCUCUGGCUUCCCCUCCUCCUCGGUGCUGAUCGACUCCUAUGCUGCGAUGGUGGCGGAGAACAACAUCAAGGGCCGCAGGAUCUUCGAUCGGAUCACUGGAACAGGGCAGAUCUAUCAGAAGGGCUCCACUGAUGCCUUUGAGACAGGCACCCGCGAUGUCUCCAGCAUUGAUUCCAGUGACUAUGUGGAUGGCAUGUCCAUCACCAUGGGAACGCCGCGAAGUCACAUUUUCACCUUGGCCCUGGGCACCUCCUAUGACACUGCCCUGGGCACUGCUGGCAUGUGCCCCUGUGGCAGCGGGACGCAAAGCUUGCAGCGGCUCGGUCAGCUGAAGUCGGGAUGCAGACGGGUCCCGAUGAUGCGUCAGGCUUUUGAUUUUCUUGGGGUCCACAACACAAUCCCCACAGCAUUUCCUAGUUUAGGUACGUUCCCGUACUGGCAUCUUCUGCAUGACUGA